AUAAGCACAAAACGUGCGCCUCAAAACAAUAAAAACAAACGACUAAAUGAAGUUCGUUAUUAAAAGUAUUAGUAAAAACUCCGGUCGCCUGGGCCAACUGCGAAUCAAGGAAAGCAGGGAGCUUCAAACGCCGUUGCUUAUGCAAACAACUAAAGGCGGUAGCAUUCCAUAUCUUACAGCCGAUGCAUUUGAAUUGGUCAGCAAUGAGGAGAAACAUUUGUUGCAGCUCACAUUAUCCACAAUGGAUCAAAUGGCAGAUUCGUUAGUCCAGUGGAAUCGCUGCUUGAGUGAAUAUGUGGGCUUUCCUGGUCAUAGCACGGUGUUGCUACUCCGAGAUCCUUGUGAUUUGACGCCAGCAGGUGGAAAUGAUCGUGACGUGGUGCCGCUUUUCACACGACGCGGCAAAGAAUCCCUGACAGCUACUCAAUACCUCGAAAUGGUAGCCAAGUUUGCUCCCGACGUUUACCAAGGCUUGUGCGAUGCAGACACAAGUGCUGAAAGCACUAAGAAGCGGGUGCAGAAGUCCGUGGAUCGCACCGAGCGUUUUAUGAAUGAAUGUUAUGAGCAGCAUGGCAAGUUAGAGCGUCUGGCCAACUCCACACUGCUGGCGCCAAUUGUUGGAGGCUACAACACUUAUGCCCGGACGCAGUCCAUUAAACACGCGAGACAACAACCAACUGGCAGUUAUGGUGGCUACGUUUUUGAGGGAUUUCAUACGAAUGGAUUGGCAGCCACAGCUCUUAAGGCUGCACAGUUGCUACCGGUUGUGGAGCAUUGCCUACAACAGCUGGAGGAUGAGAUGCCGCGUCUAAUGCCAGGUGCUUAUACGCCAGUGCUAACGCUGGAGUUGAUCCGCAGAGGCGUCGAUGUUUUCGACACUUCCUAUGCGUAUUGUGCGGCUGUAAACUACAAGGCAUUGACAUUUAGCUUUGUCCCAGAUAAAGUCGAGCAUUCUGCAUUCUUGGAUCUAACAGAUGAGGCUACCAAGGAGGAGUUUACACCUAUAUUAAGCGGCUGCAGCUGCCUGGCCUGUCGGAAACACACUCGUGCUUAUGUACAUCAUCUGUAUAAAACCCAUGAACUGCUGGGACCUAUUCUACUGAUGAUCCACAACUUGCAUCAUUACAUGUCCUUCUUUGAUGCUAUACGUGCCAGCAUUGAGGCGGAUCAGCUGCCAGAGCUGAUUGAGCAUGUGAGAUUGCAGAAUACGGACUCGGAGAUCGAUUAUCGCAUUGAACAGAACGUUAAGGUUGUCGGCAAGGCGGCCAUGGGCAAGGGAUUUGUCGCAGCAGCAGUUUAGCAAUAAGUAUGAAUAAAUUUUAAUAA